AUGUAUCAUCUGCGGCUGCCUGCGCUUCUCCUCCUGCUGCUCGUGUUGCUGCACUGCAUCACCGCCGCCCCGAGUCGCAGGUACUUCAGUCCCAGCUCGUCCAGCGAGCAGGAAAGCGAUCUCCCAGACUCUGACGGCUGGUUGCUUCCUGGACUCGUGUCCGACCCACUCCUCGGCCUCAUGGGCCCACGGCCGCAGAGGGCGCUCACAGCUCCACACAGCCACCACAUAGAGAAGAGGAAGUGCAACACAGCCACCUGCGUCACCCAGAGGUUAGCAGACUUCCUGGUCCGCUCCAGCAACACGAUCGGCACUGUUUACGUACCGACCAACGUGGGCUCGGCCGCCUACGGCAAGAGGGACCUACUGCAGCCCCCCAACAUCCUGCCUCUCUAGUACCGACGGAGGAAACCUCCACCAGCACUCCCAGUGCGCCGAUGAUAUAACCGAUCAUCUUAUGUAACGAGAGCGACAUUGGUAAUGACGACACUGAUGUUUAUGGUGAUGAUCCCUGCGAUCACAGUUUUCUUGCUCAUUUUCUAUCCUUUGAGAAACAGUGCCUUUAGUUUGAACCAUCGUUGUGUGUGCUGUGGCUGUUUUAAUGCUGUUCCACAAUGGCAUGAUGUGAAUGUAAAUUAAAAAAAAAGAAGAAAAAAAA